UCCGUCACUUCCUUUUCCAGAAGAACGUGUUGAAGAUGGCGGCGGAGAAGUCGGUACCGAGUGAUCUUUUCAAAUGCGUGUACUCGUUUCUGGUGGAGAACAAGUUCACCAAAGCGGCUCAGGAGUUCUUGAAAAAGACUAAAGUGGCUCCGCAAGAUCAGAAUGAGGAGAGACUCGUCAAUAUCUACAACUUCUGGGUGAAAUCUCCCGAAGCCAAAAAACGAAAGGUGCCUCCGAACUGGACGGGACCGUCAGCCAAGAAGGCAAAACCCAGCACUGAGAGCUCCAGCAGUGAAGAGUCAAGCAGUGAGGAUGAAGAGGCUGGCGCAAAACAAACUAAAGUAGCUCCUGCAGCAGCCAAAAAGGGGCCUGCUAAAGCAGCAGCUACUAAAGCUGCAUCCAGCAGCAGUGAAGACUCUAGUGACUCUGAGGAGGACAAAGCUCCUGCAAAGCCUGCUGCAAAGGCACCUGUGAAACAACCUCCUGCUGCUGCAGGUAGCACAAGGAAAAAGGAUAGCAGCUCCAGCAGUGAAGAGUCUGACUCUGAGGAAGAACAAACCGCCAAAGCUCCUGCACAAAAACCCAAGGCUGGUGCAGUCACAACACCCAAAGCAGCUGUUGCUGCCAAAGGUGCAGCUCAAAAGAAGAAGGAGAGCAGCAGCAGCGAAGACAGCUCCUCAGAUUCUGAAGAUGAGAAGCCAGCCAAGGCUCCAGUCAAACCAGCUCCAGUCAAACCAGCCCCAGUAAAUAAAGCUGGUGCUGAGUCAAGUAGUGAAGACUCUUCAUCAGAGGAUGAGGCUCCUCCCAGCAAAAAACCCAAAGCAGGAGCAUACAGUGCUGUACCACCUCCUGCUUCAAUCCACAAAGCUCCUGCUGCACCAGUAGCAAGCAAGGCCAAGGACAGCGACUCUUCAGACAGCAGUGAUGACAGCAGUGAUGACGACAAAAAGGUGGCAGCAAAACCAGCCCCCGUAAAGUCACCUGCAGCCAAACCUGGAGCGUCCAAACCUGCUGCAAAGAAGCAGGAGUCCAGCUCAGAGAGCUCUGAUUCCAGCUCAGAAGAGGAGACGGCCAAGAAGCCUGCAGGUAAAGGAGCCCCAGUCAAAACUUCUCCAGCUAAAGAGGUGAAGAAACCUGCAACAAAGGUGACUCCUGCUAAAGCGGCUCCAGCUAAGUCCGCUAAAGAUGAAUCCUCCGAGGAGGACUCCAGUUCAGAGGAGGAGGAGGCAGCAAAGAAACCCCCAACCAAAGCUGCACCUGCCAAGACUACGCCAGCUCAGAAAGACGAGUCCUCGAGCUCAGAUUCAGAUAGCAGCUCUGAAGAUGAGGCCCCAGCAAAGCCUCCCACAAAAACCGCAACCCCAUCCGCAGCUUCUGGAGCUUCUAAACCCCAAGCCAAGGCAGCAGAGACCAGCUCUGACUCGGAGGACUCCUCUGAGGAUGAGGAAGAGCCAGUGAAAGCCAAGCCUGCUAAAACGGCUACACCAACUUCAAAGCCUGCAGCAAAGCCCCCUGCAGCAAAGCCCCCUGCAGCAAAGCCCCCUGCAGCAAAGCCCCCUGCAGCAAAGCCCCCUGCAGCAAAGCCCCCUGCAGCAGCAGAGAGCAGUUCAGAGUCUGACUCUUCGUCUGAAGAUGAAGAAGAGCCUGCUAAGACUAAACCAGCAGCAGCUAAGCCAGCUUCAAAGAGUUCCACCCCUGCAGCUAAGCCUGCUGCUGCAGCAGAAAGCAGCUCUGACUCCGACUCCUCAUCAGAAGAUGAAGAACCGGCCAAGGCCAAGCCAACAGCAGCUAAGCCUGCAACACCAGCUUCAAAGAAGGCUACUCCGGUAGCAAAGGCUACUCCUGCAGCAGAGAGCAGCUCCGACUCCUCCUCUGAAGAUGAAGAGCAGCCAGCCAAGGCUAAACCUGCAGCAGCUAAAGCUGCUACUUCAGCCUCAAAGCAUGCUAAAUCUGCAGGAAAGGCCGCUAAACCUGCAGGAAAGCCUGCCCCGAAAGAGAGUAGCUCAGAGUCCUCUUCUGAGGAUGAUGAAGAGCCAGCUAAGACCAAGCCAGCAGCAGCUAAGCCUGCUACGCCCGCUUCAAAGCCUGCUACUCCUGCAGCUAAGACUGCUGCUGCAGAAGAAAGCAGCUCUGACAGCUCAGACUCAGAGGAUGAGGCAGCUAAGAAACAAGCUCCAGUUGCUUCCAAGAAGCCCGCCCCUGCAGCUGAGAGAACAACAAAGGCAGCGCCUGCAGUCAAAAAGGCAAAAAAAGCAGAGGAGAGCAGCUCUGAUUCCUCAGAUAGCUCUGAUUCAGAGACGGAGACCCCCGUGACUAAGUCUACAGUUGCCAACGGCAAGGCAGCAACUCCCAAGACGGCAGCAGCAUCAGCGAAGGUUGCAGCAAAGCCAGCAGAGUCAUCAUCCAGCGACAGCAGCUCUGAGGAGAGUUCAUCAGAUGAGGCUAAAGUGCCACGUAAAGCAGCCACUGCACCCAACACCCCAAAAAACAGUACUAAUGGAAAAAGAAAAAAGGAUGAAGAAUCAUCAGAAAGCGAAGAGGAAGAAACGGAUUUAAAAACACCAAAAAAUAAGAAGGCCACAACCACACCACAGACUUUCCCUAAAGCCAAUAAGAAGUCUACCAACGUACCCUUCCGUAGAAUAAAAGACGACGAAGUAAAUGUGGACCCGCGCCUUGCAGACAAUUCGUUUGAUGCAAAGAUGGGAGCCAAUGGAGACUGGGGCCAGAAAGCUAACGAUGUGCUCAAGUUCACAAAAGGUAAAUCAUUCCGCCACGAAAAGACAAAGAAGAAAAGAGGAAGCUACCGUGGGGGAGCCAUCUCCACUUCAGUCAACUCCAUUAAGUUUGACAGCGACUGAGAAAGUCCACAACCUCCCAUUUCAACUGUACUGUACCGGACAGAUCAGGAAUACAAGUUGUCUGCUCAAACCACCCUCCUGUAAACAGUCUCUCCAGCAGUAGCAGCAGCACACUAACAGAAGAUGGUCCAUCACACUGAACUGGCCCUUUGAUUCGACUUUGCUUUAGUCUGUAAUGGAGUUUACAUUUAGCAGAGCUGUGGCAGCAGGGAAAUGUGCUCCCAACUGUGACAUCACUUAUAGCCACUAGGUGGCUGCAGCCACUGGCUAAUGGAGAAAAUGUUUGGCUCUUUCUGCUUGUUUUCACAACCUCCUUUCUUCUUAAAUGGUGAAUGUUUGUAACAUUAAGCAAUCUUCUUGUCUAGGUAUGAUCGAAAUUAAUCCAUCUAUACAUGUUCUUCAUUUUCAAAUUUGUUUUUUGUUUAAUAGACUACAUGGAUUCUUGAUGUUUGUCCCUUUUUCUUUUUUUUUUCUUCUUUGUCCACAUUUAAAUGUGAAGAGGUUUGGGGCUUUUUCUUAACAUCACAAGAAAACCUAUCAAGUAGAAAUUUUAUACUGUAUUUAUUAUGUUUUAUUCCACUUCAAUCUUUAAGGGCCUCUCAAGGUCUUUUCUCUGUUCAAGGAUUUUUUUUCUUUGGAUCCGUUCCCUUUGUUAGGAAGUCCUUUCAGUCCCUCCCUGUACUGUUCAGUGGUAUUAAGUAUGUAAUUCGAACAUAGCCAUGCUCGUUUCAGUUAUUUGAUUAUCAUAUGAGAUCCUGUGUACCGCUGUCAUUUUUUUUUUUCUUUUACACCUCAAAUCUGUAAAUAAAGACUAAACAAUAUACUGGUGAUGAUUUCAUGGACAGUUCACUCACUGUUUGCUCAGCUGACAGUUUUACAUGUGCACAAUUGGAGAGGAACUCCAAUUUUUAGUAUCUGCACAUACCAAGUUGUUGCGUGUGUGCUGAUAUUGUUGUUGGCAAAUUAACGGUCUAGAAAGUACAUAUUUUUAAACUUUGUUAACCCUUUAAACCCUGAACUGUGGAAUAACAGCCAGAAAAAAAUAUUUUCUUUUUAAAUUGAGUGCUUAUUAAACCUUAAUGAAAUAAA